UUUACCGAUCGUCAUCAGUUUUGUUUGGGCAGAAGAUUCGUUACAACGUUCGAGGAUCGCUGCGUGGUAUUAAGAUGCUUUCAAGCGUGUUUGGUUUAGUGGUGUGCCUGUUCUUAUCGACGGUAGUGUCCGCGAGUAACGAUACAAACACCAGUGCAGUAGAUCAGUCGAUCGCCAGCAGCCCUUCCGGGUAUGGGUUCGAGAUGAUAAUGGCCAAACUCGAUUACCUGCAGUACAAGCUGCUCGAGAUGGACUUUGUGAUAAAGGAGCACAGCGAGGGUAUCGAGCAGAAUCAGGCCCAUCUGGAGAAAGUGUUUGGCAGCAUGCUGUGGGCGAUCAGUCGGUUGGAUCAGGCGGUCGGUAACAAUCUGACCGCACUGCAGGCACAAUCGUGGAAGAUACUGUCCCGGCAGACCGUCUGUGCUAAUCAUGAGCUGAUGCGAAAUGAAAUCUUCAGCCUCCAGCCUAAGCAAGGCCUGUCGGCCAGCGCACGUUCGCUGUUUGAUCUACAGGGAAUGCGUCACAAAGGACCGUUCGAGUCGUGCCAGAAGGAACCGAGCAAGAUGUCGGGCAAAUAUCUGAUCCGCUCCAACAACGACGUGGAACCGUUCCCGGCGUUCUGCGAGCAGACAAAGUUCGGUGGCGGUUGGCUGGUGAUACAGCAUCGGUUUAAAGGGGCGCUCGAUUUCUUCCGCAACUGGACCGAGUACCGCGAUGGGUUCGGAAGCAUCGAUCAGGAGUUUUGGAUCGGGUUGGAACGGUUGCAUCAGCUAACGUCCGCCAAGCCGUACCAGCUGCUGAUCGAGGUGGAAGACUUUGCCGGCGAUUAUCGGUACGCGCGCUACAAGGAGUUUGAGAUAGGCAGCGAGGCGGAGAUGUACAGCUUGAAGAAGCUGGGCGCGUACAGUGGAACGGGCGGUGAUUCGUUGACGUACCACAAGGGCCACAAGUUCACGACGCUGGACCGCGAUAACGAUGGGGCCCCGACCAACUGUGCGGUGACGUGCGAGGGUGCCUGGUGGUACAACAACUGUCACCAUUCGAAUCUGAACGGGCGUUUCAUGAAUGCGGUGGAUGUAAAGUCGAUAUCCUGGUAUCACUUUAAAAGUUCGCACCAGGGUAUGGCCUACACGCGGAUGAUGAUUCGUGAGAUUUAGGGCGACCGGGCCGGUCAAUAAAAUCAGUUAAAAAUUAACAAA